UUGGAGAGCCAAAGGAGUGAGGGGAGUUUGACUUUUUGGCUACCUCCAUUCGAUUCGAUGCGAUGCUGCGCCGCCUCCUCCUCGUUCCCCUCCUCCUCCACGCCGCUGCCGCCGGCGACAUCUGUAUCGUGGGCAGCGGCAUCUCCGGAUCAUCCACCGCCUUCUUUCUCUCCAAUUACACUACCGUCCUCUCCGGCGGCCAAUUGCGCGUCUUCGAGCGCCGCGCUAAGGUCGGCGGCCGCCUCGCCACCGUUACCGUGGCCGGAGACGACUUCGAGGCAGGCGGCUCCAUCAUCCACCCUCGCAAUCUCCACGUGCGCCGCUUCGCUGACCUUCUAGGCCUAGCAGCCAAGACCAAUGGGGACGACGACUGGCUGGGGAUCUGGGACGGCAGCCGCUUCGUCUUCCAGACGCUCCGCCCGCCACCGCCCGGGGCCUCUUGGCUCCGCCGCAAGCUGCACGCCCUUCUUAACACGCUGCACCUUCUUAAGCGUUAUGGCCUGUCGCUGGUCAAGAUGGACAGAUUUGUCCAGGAUAUGUUGCAAAGGUUUCUGCUUUACUACAAUGGCUUUGAGUCCCGGCCUGUAUUUGACUCGGUUGAGGAGAUGCUCAAAUGGUCGGGCCUCUAUGACCUCACUCGCAGGACCCUAGAGGAGGAGCUGGUUGAUGCUGGCCUGAAUUCUCAAACUAUUUCAGAGCUCGUUACUGUGAUAACAAGAAUCAACUAUGGCCAAAGUGCGAGUAUAAGUGGCCUUGCUGGUGCGGUGUCUUUAGCUGGUUCUGAGUCAGGAUUGUGGGCUGUCAAAGGGGGCAACUGGCAGCUAGCUGCUGGAUUGCUCAAGGCUGCUAACGCCACCUUGCAUCUCCAAGAAGGCAUAGACUCAAUCCAUUAUGCAGGGGAUCACUAUGUUCUGAAAUCCAAUAAAGGGCAUGAAUAUGAUUGUGAGGCAACGGUGGUUGCAACACCACUUGACGAGGUUAACAUUACAUUUAGCCCCGCAAUCUCCAUUUCGCCGAGGAAGAUGCAGCAUACCCAUGCAACCUUUGUGAGGGGCCUCUUGAAUCCUAAAUAUUUUGGUCUAAGCUCAGUAUCAGAUAUUCCGGAGCUGAUAGGAACCAUGGAGGUCCCUGAGAUCCCAUUUUCAAGCAUCUCGAUUCUGAAGAAGUACAGCGAGCAGGACAUGACUUACAAGGUGUUCUCGCGUAAGAAGCUGAAUGAUAGUUUGCUGGAUGAUAUCUUUAGCAGGAGGAAGGAGACGAUACGGAUAAACUGGCCUGCGUAUCCCCACUAUGAAGCCCCAGAAGUGUUUUCUCCGCUAAUACUGGACGGUAAACAGCUGUACUACGUGAACACAUUCGAGAGCGCAGCGAGCGCCAUGGAGACGGGAGCCGUUGCAGCGGAAAACGUGGCCAGGCUCCUCCUUGCGAGGCUCAGGCUGCCUCUCCCUUCCCGGCUCCACCUUGGGGCCGAUGAUCCCGACCAGCGAGCAGAUCUGUGAAUGCAUUGCGCACACGCGCCAUCUGUAUUUGUAUUUGUGACCUUUGGAACUACUACUAGUAGCUUUGUGCCAAUCAGCUAUUUAUGUGCUCGUGUGAAAAAAAAAUGGUUUAGGAUAUGGGGAUUUCGUCAUCCGACUAAACCCGACCUGGUUUCACCUAAAGUGAGAAAUGAUUGAUAGAAUAA